AUGCUUGAGAACGCGGGCAUCCCAACGGAAAUCCCCCGGGACUGCUGCUACUCAACCACCGACGCAUACCUACUUGAUCUUCUACACUGCCAUGACCAGAGAUUGAUACAUCAACCAAAUGCAGCUAUCAGUGAAUAUGAUUUAGAGGGUCAAAUGGCAACCAUUGUCGCACUACGGGCACUGCUUCCAAAGUUUAUCGACAGGAGAUCGCGGCACGGACCGUUCAUGUUUACAUUGACGGACUUUCAUGAGAGCAAUUUCAUAGUGGAUAGCCAGUAUCGAAUUACAGGCGUUAUGGACCUUGAGUGGAGCUGUGCUUUACCAAGGGAUAUGCAACAUCCACCCUUCUGGCUGAAUGGAGACGAAUUCGAUGAUCUCUACGGAGAAGGCACAGGAGCGAAAGAAGAAAAGUUCGAAAUUGCGUGUGAAGAAUUCCUUCAAAUCUUCGAAGAAGAAAGAGAAUCGUUUCCAGUCCACCCUCGCGACUAUGCCCAAGCAAUGAGAGAGUCUCUCUCGAUAAGAAGGCACUGGUAUCUCGCUGCAUUAAAAAUCCCACGGAUCGCGUACAAUCUUUUUGUCGACUGCAUACAACCUCAAUUUGCCCCUGCCCAUUCCGAAGGAAAGGGAGCAAUCGCAUUUCAAGACGUCAUGGCCAAAUACUGGAGUGCCGACACUUGGAAAUUUACCGAGCAGAAAAGGCGUGACUGGAACAACUAUCUCUGUCAGCUACGAUCCAUCAGCGGUCCAGCAGCGAUCAGACCGGCCUGA